UCUCUCUCUCAGGAAGUGAUGAAUGUUGAACACAGAGCAUUGUUCAGUCAGUCAGUCAUUACGGGGACAGUAUGGAGUUCAGGUCUCUCUCUGUAAUACUCUUGCAGAUUGUCUUCAUCCACUGUGGACAAACUCAGGAUGUAUCAGAAGGCACAGAAACCAGUGAUAGUGAUACACCUGGGUCAGAACAAAACAGCUCUGUCUACACUGGAGACACAGUUACUCUGAUCUGUGAGGUGGAGUCUACAGGAUGGGAGUUUCUCUGGUACAAAAAUCCUGCAGUUAAAGACUCCAACACAAUCAGUAUAAUAGUGUCUGAUGAAGGAACAGCAGAGUUUAAAUGUGCAGCACGCAGAGGAGACUACAGCACACAGACCAGUGAUGCAACCAAGACUACAGUUAAAGUGCUGAUUCUACUCAUCCACUGUGGACAAACUAAGGAUGUCCACAGGGAUAGUGGUACACCUGGGUCAGAAGAACAUGAACAGACUAAGAGGGAGGAUCACCAGAUCUCUGUCCACACUGAAGACACAGUUACUCUGACCUGUGAGGUGGAACAGUGUACUGGAUGGGAGUUUCUCUGGUAUAAAGACUCUCAGCAAUUACCGCCUCAGAGUACUGCAGAUAAAGACACCAACACAAUCAGUGUAACAGUGUCUGAUGAAGGAACAGCAAAGACUAAAUGUGCAGCACUCAGAGGAGACUACAGCACACAGCUCAGUGAUCCAGCCAAGAUUACAAUUAAAGAAAAACCCAAUCUGACUGUGAGUGUGGAUCCUCAGAGCUCUGUCUACACUGGAGACACAGUUACUCUGACCUGUGAGGUAAAGCAGUCUACUGGAUGGAAGUUUCUUUGGUAUAAUGGCUCUCAGCAAUUACAGCCUCUGAAUACUGCAGAUAAAGACACCAACGCAGUCAAUGUAACAGUGUCUGAUGAAGGAACAGCAGAGUUUAAAUGUGCAGCACGCAGAGAAGUCUAUUACACACAGCUCAGUAAUCCAGUCAGGAUUACAGCUAAAGCUUUACCCAGAGCUACACUGACUGUAGAACCCACAUGGAGUCCUGUGUUCACUGGAGAGUCAGUCACUCUGAAGUGUGAGAUGGAGUCUUACAGUGACUGGAGAUAUCAGUGGUAUAAAGGUAGCAGUAGAACUGCAGUCAGUCAGUCUCAGACAAACACCUUCACCAUCAGAUCAGCAGCAGAUCAGGAUCAGGAUCAGUACUGGUGUAGAGGAGAGAGUGAUUACAGACCCACGUCAUCACAACAGAGCAAUACUGUUACUGUCACAGUGAAAGAGAGACCAAAAGCUGUGGUGUCCAUACAGUCUGAUGAUCAGGUGUUUGUAGGAGCGACUGUCACUCUCAGAUGUGACAUACAGGGAGGAGGAGUCUCUAACUGGCAGCACAGCUGGUUUAAAGAUGGUUCAUCCACUCCUGUCAGUAAAGAACAGCAGUACAGAAUCAGCUCUGUUACAGAGUCUCACAGUGGAAAAUACACCUGUAGAGGAACAGAGAGUGGAACAUCACGCUACUCACACACCAGUGAUGCUGUUACACUGACUGUAUCAGCUUUACCCAGAGCUACACUGACUGUAGAACCCACAUGGAGUCCUGUGUUCACUGGAGAGUCAGUCACUCUGAAGUGUGAGAUAGAGUCUUACAGUAACUGGAGAUAUCAGUGGUAUAAAGGCAGCAGUAGAACUCCAGCCAGUCAGUCUCAGAAAAACACCUUCACCAUCAGAUCAGCAGCAGAUCAGGAUCAGUACUGGUGUAGAGGAGAGAGAGAUAACAGACCCUCAUCAUCACAGCGCAGCAAUCCUGUUACUCUCACAGUGAAAGAGAGACCAAAAGCUGUGGUGUCCAUACAGCCUGAUAAACAGGUGUUCAGAGGAGAGACUGUCACUCUCAGAUGUGACAUAGAGGGAGAAGGUGUCUCUAACUGGCAGCACAGCUGGUUUAAAGAUGAUUCAUACAGACCUGUCAGUAAUGAACAGCAGUACAGUAUCAGCUCUGUUACAGAGUCUCACAGUGGAAAAUACACCUGUAGAGGAACAGAGAGUGGAACAUCACGCUACUCACACACCAGUGAUGCUGUUACACUGACUGUAUCAGCUUUACCCAGAGCUACACUGACUGUAGAACCCACAUGGAGUCCUGUGUUCACUGGAGAGUCAGUGACUCUGAAGUGUGAGAUAGAGUCUUACAGUGACUGGAGAUAUCAGUGGUAUAAAGGCAGCAGUCGAACUGCAGCCAGUCAGUCUCAGACAAACACCUUCACCAUCAGAUCAGCAGCAGAUCAGGAUCAGUACUGGUGUAAAGGAGAGAGAGAUAACAGACCCUCAUCAUCACAGCGCAGCAAUCCUGUUACUCUCACAGUGAAAGAGAGACCAAAAGCUGUGGUGUCCAUACAGCCUGAUAAACAGGUGUUUAUAGAAGCGACUGUGACUCUCAGAUGUGACAUAGAGGGAGAAGGAGUCUCUAACUGGCAGUACAGCUGGUUUAAAGAUGAUCCAUACAGACCUGUCAGUUAUGAACAGCAGUACAGUAUCAGCUCUGUUACAGAGUCUCACAGAGGAAAAUACACCUGUAGAGGAACAGAGAGAAGAACAUCACGCUACUCACACACCAGUGGUGCUGUUAGACUGACUGUAUCAGCUUUACCCAGAGCUACACUGACUGUAGAACCCAAAUGGAGUCCUGUGUUCACUGGAGAGUCAGUGACUCUGAAGUGUGAGAUAGAGACUUACAGUAACUGGAGAUAUCAGUGGUAUAAAGGCAGCAGUAGAACUGCAGUCAGUCAGUCUCGGACGAACACCUUCACCAUCACAUCAGCAGCAGGUCAGGAUCAGGAUCAGUACUGGUGUAGAGGAGAGAGAGAUAACAGACCUUCAUCAUCACAGCGCAGCAAUACUGGUACUCUUACAGUGAAAGAGAGACCAAAAGCUGUGGUGUCCAUACAGCCUGAUAAACAGGUGUUUAUAGGAGAGACUGUGACUCUCAGAUGUGACAUAGAGGGAGAAGGUGUCUCUAACUGGCAGCACAGCUGGUUUAAAGAUGAUCCAUACAGACCUGUCGGUUAUGAACAGCAGUACAGUAUCAGCUCUGUUACAGAGUCUCACAGAGGAAAAUACACCUGUAGAGGAACAGAGAGAAGAACAUCACGCUACUCACACACCAGUGAUGCUGUUACACUGACUGUAUCAGCUUUACCCAACGCUACACUGACUGUAGAACCCACAUGGAGUCCUGUGUUCACUGGAGAGUCAGUCACUCUGAAGUGUAAGAUAGAGUCUCACAGUGACUGGAGAUAUCAGUGGUAUAAAGGCAGCAGUAGAACUGCAGUCAAUCAGUCUCAGACAAACACCUUCAGCAUCAGAUCAGCAGCAGAUCAGGAUCAGGAUCAGUACUGGUGUAGAGGAGAGAGAGAUAACAGACCCUCAUCAUCACAACCCAGCAAUACUGUUACCCUCACAGUGAAAGCAGAAAAACCUAAACCUGAACUCACAUCAAGCCAUAAAGGAGCUGCACUGAUAGGAAAUCCAGUGGUUCUGUACUGUGAGCUGGAUCAGUCUGCUGGAUGGAGGUUUUACUGGUCCAAACACACACAGAACCCUGAGAAUGAGAUCAAGACUGAAACACACUCCUACAGCAUCAGCUCAGUCAGUGUCUCUGAUGGAGGACAGUACUGGUGCAGAGCUGGGAGAGGAAACCCAGACUACUACACUAACUACAGUCAUGCACUCUGGAUAAACACGACUAGUGUGUCUAGUUCAGGAGCUUCAUUCUCAGUGCUCUGUCUGCUCAGCUGUUUAAUGGCAGUGUCUUCAUAUCUGCUGGUGACCAUCGUACUAGUGGUCAAAUUCUACAGGGCUCAAGGUGAGGAGAGGAAGAAAAAGCUGAAGCUGAAGGAGACAGACAAGACUGAAGCAGCAGAUUAGAUGGAGGUUAUUGAUCAAGAAGAAAGCGAGUCUGAAUCUGAUGAGCUGAAUUAAACAUAAGCAGUCACAGAAGCUGGAGCAUGUAGCUGUGAGCUGAGGAGCAAUUUGUCUGUGUGUUUAUUGUUUCUUUUUUUAUCUGAAAAUAAGGUCAAUUGUGUUUGCUGUCAGUAGGUGUGGUGUUAAUAAUAAGUCAGCUGUGAUGCUUUUUCAGUUCCAGACUGAACCUUCAAUCGCAAAUAAUUAUCAAAAUGCUGUUUUUCAUUUGAAUAAAUUUAAUUUCCUUCUCAUACAUACUUAUUAUACAUACUAUUCUACUGAAUUAGUUCAAAGUGUACUGUUCCAGCCUGGGAUUGAUUCUGUGUUCUCCUGUCUCCUGUCUGUGCGAGUUUCCUCGGGGUACUCCAGUUUCUUCCUAUAGUCCAGGCCAGUUGGAGUUAAUAAAUUGCCCCUAGGUGUGUGUAUGAGAUGGUAUGUGUCUUUAUGUCUGCCCUGUGAUGGACUGGCAACCUGUCUGGGGUGUUUCCUGCCUUCCGCCCAAUGACUGCUGGGAUAGGCUCCAACACCCCUACGACCCAGGAGGAUAAGCGUCUUAGAUUAUAAAUGAACGAAUGAAUGUACUGUCCCACAGUAAAAAAAUAAAUAAAUAAACAAAAUUAAUUAAUUAAUUAUUCAAACCAUAACUACUUACCAGGUUUAUGUUAUGAUCUAUUUAAACCCAUUAAUAGUAUAAGCUGAAUAAGCUGAAUAUAUACAAAACCAUCAUUAUAGGGUACCUUCUAUUGGGAAGUGUCUGUCCUAAAGCCUAACUGCUAAAUAUACACUUGUUAAAAUAAUUCUCAAUUGUUCAACGUUUUCAAUGUUUUUCCAUUGUCUUUUAUUGUUUUUUCAAUAAUGUUUUUUUAACAAUCUUUUUAAUUUAUUUUAAAGUUAAAAUAUUUAUCUUAUUUAUUAUCAUGAGUUUAAUAUUUUACAAUAAAAUAACUUUUUACAUGUACAUUUUUGUCCCACAUUUACAUGUCACUUUCAAAAUACUGAGUUUUAGUCCAUAGGCGGAGUCUUACUGUAACCACACCCCUGCAUUUUAGAGCCGAAAGACUGCACUGCUGUCCCUCAUGGCCACAUGGUGAGCAGUUAAAUCCCAUUAUUUUGAAGGAAAUGUGUCCCAAAGUCUGAAAAUCUGUGUGGAACAUUGUAGUGACAUUGAGAAUUGUCACUACCGAAACACAUAUUUUCUACAAUUAACUAAACUCUUUUGUGUUUUAAUGAAAAAUAUUAUGAUGUUAUUAUGAUAUUAUGAGGUGUACAACUAUUCAAAGCUUUGUUAGUCAAGGAUUGGCUAGCAUUUUUAAAGUAUGCAUAAAAUGGUAAAAUUCAGUAGUAUUUAUACUCUUUUAGUAGUGACAGUUUUAGCCAAUUGUUUAUAUUUGGUCAAUUUUUGGUAGUGUUAUGAUUGUUUUGGUAGUGACAAACUGGAAUGUGCAAUAAUAUAUUUUAAUAAAAUAAACCCAAUUAAAGGUUUCUCAAAGCAAAAUUAUUUUAGUCUAAAUUCCAGGUCAGUUAGUCCAAAAUGUGUUUUCAACUCUGAACCAGUUCAGUAGAAUGAUUCAUAUAUAUAAUCUGAUUCCUUUCUGUCUUCAUUUCAGUUGACAUCCAUUUUGCUUAAUUGUAUAUUAUUUAUUUUUUAUUCCACAGUGAAAAGUGGAAUUUUGAAAAGAUUUUUUGAUGCAGUGCAAUGUAUUUAAUAGAUUUAAACUGGGGCAACUUGUAAUAUUUCAUUAAGUGAAAAUGCACGUUUUUUUUUGUUUUGUUUUUGUUUUUUUAAGGUCUAUGCCUCCAUUACUGUAUUUUUCUUAUUUCAUUCCCAGUAUUACUCUUUUAUUUUGACACAUGCAGAUUUAGUUCAAACAUUACUGAGGUGUUAUUCUGUUCUGUUUGAUUUUGUUUUCCAUAAAUGUUAAGAUAAAUCAAUGUAACGGUUUCUUUUUUUAUGUGUCUAAUUUGAAUGUAUGAUUGAUUUACUGUAAAUAUCUUAGUGUCUUGAUUUUUAAACUACCAUUCAGAACCUGUAGGGGCUUUUCAGCACCAUACGCUCUCUAACAGUGUUGCCAGAGUGGGCUAUUUCACCCUCACGUGGGAAAACUAGCCUUUAGCAUCAUCCUAAUUUUAAAGCUGUUUUUAUAUUUCCAAUAAUUCAAUUCAAGACACAAACCACUUUGUGAGAUGUUACUCAGAAAUGCUUUGUGGUUAGUAGGCCCAGAAACUGUGUGGCAGAAAAUAAACAAUCAUCUCAACAUCUGUUCAUACAAUUUGGAAACAACUUAGUUUAAAUUCAGAUUUCGAUGUUUGAGUCUGUUUAAUUUGUUAAUUUCAAUUAUUUACCAUGUAGGCUGUUUAUUGUUUUGAUACUGCUGUAAUGAAACAGAACAACUGC